ACGGUUUUGGCCUUUUGGGUACUAUAAAUAACCCACAAGAGGGGUUAUCAUAGUUCCACAUCCAGUCUUAUUUAAAACUUCUCAGCUUAAAACAAUCCCUUCCGUUCUUAAAGUUCCUUCAAAGUCCCAUAAAACACCAUGUCAAGUGCAGCUGAUUCAUCAGAGAAGAAGAUGAUCUCCCUGAAAUCUUCGGAUGGGGAGGUGUUUGAAGUCAAGGAAUCCGUGGCGGUCGGAUCCCAAACCAUCAAACACAUGAUCGAAGACGAUUGUGCGAGCAAUGUCAUCCCUCUUCCCAACGUAGCUGGAAAGACUUUGGCAAAGGUCAUUGAAUAUCUGAAACGCCAUUACCCCGAACCAAAGGAAAAGGACGAUGAUUUGAAGACGUUUGACUCUGAUUUUGUGAAGGUAGAUCAGAGGACUCUGUUUGACCUCAUCUUGGCUGCCAAUUACCUUAACAUCAAGGAAUUGCUUGAUUUAACGUGUCAAACAGUCGCGGACAUGAUCAAGAGCAAGACUCCCGAGGAAAUUCGCGAGACUUUCAAUAUUAAGAACGAUUUUACUCCGGAGGAAGAAGAAGUUCGCAGGGAGAACGCCUGGGCGUUUGAGUGAUUUUAUUCCGGAGGAAGAAUGAUUUGUUUGUUAAUUUGAUUAUUUUUUUUAUAUUGAGAAUUUGUCGAAGCAGUUUUUUUUAAUAUAAGUAUCAUACAAGUGUUAUUUA